UUUACAACUGCAGCAGUUUUCAAUUUCGGUGCAAUAAUGGUUUUUGUAUAUCCAAGUAUCGAAAAUGCAAUUCCCACCCUGACUGUACUGAUGGAUCUGAUGAAGGCGCAUUCUGUGCUAAUCAUACUUGUUUUCCAAGUUAUUUCAAGUGUGAUGGUUAUAAGUGUAUACCUCUUUCAUAUCGCUGCAAUGGAAGACGGAAUUGCCGAGAUGGGAGUGAUGAACGCAACUGCCCAGAUGUAAAAUGCUCUUCAUAUCAAUGGAAAUGUCCAAAUUCAAAUAUUUGUAUCCAUAAAAUGCGUCGCUGUAAUGGUUUAGCAAACUGUGAAGAUGGAGCUGAUGAAGCUGGAUGUAAUGUAACAACUGCUGAAGGUUGUCGAGAAGGAUAUUUCCGGUGCUUAGGUGGAUCGUGUCUUCCUAAUAAUUGGCGUUGUGAUGGUCACAAGGAUUGUGAAUCUGGGUCUGAUGAAAAUUCAACCUGUAUCACAAAAGCAUGUCCAGCUCAACGGUUCCGAUGCAAAACUGGUUUAUGUAUUCCUAAACGUUGGAUCUGUGACAACAUCAAUGACUGCGGAGAUAAUUCCGAUGAAGGCGCUGCACAAAAUUGUCCUAGUCCAACAUUCAGAUGUCCCUAUGGACAGUGGGAGUGUCCUGGUGGACACCAAAUUU